UGUCAGCGCCCAGGGUAACAACACCUUGAAACUUGCAUAAGACCUCGUUUCUCCCCACGUGACUUUUAGACUCGGGGCAGGUUAUCAUAAUGAUAAAAACUGCAAUGGAAAAGCUGGUAAUAGUUGGAGCAGGGAUGACAGGGGCUUCAUCUGCUGCUUUGUUGCGGAAAAUUUUACCCGAGGGUGCCGUUGUCAAGAUUCUUGACAAGUCGAGGGGAACAGGUGGACGGAUGUCAACAAGCCGCUGCUCAAAGGGAAAAAGUGCCACUGUUGAUCUGGGUGCCCAGUACAUCUCCAUCAACCUCCACUACGCCAAGCUCCACAAAAGUAUACAUCAGGAGCUGAUAUCCAAGGGACUACUGCAGCCAUCUACCUGUGUAAUAGAAGGCGAUAAGUUUGGUGGGGAUGACAUCGCACAGUACGUCGCUCCUGAUGGCAUCAGUUCUGUGGUCAAAUACUUCGUCGAGCAGUCAGGUGCUGAGGUAGGAUUUGACGAACAGGUUGCAAAGGUUGACAUAGAGGAUGCAAAAGUCAAAUUGACAACCUUGAAAGGAAACGAAGAAGUUUGUGAUGGAGUCCUACUGACCAUGCCAGUUCCACAGAUACUACAGCUGGACGGCUCCAUCAGAAAUCUCAUCAAUUCACAACCUAAAGUCAAAGAAAAUCUGGAGAAUGUAUCCUACUCCAUGCGGUUUGCUGUGGGACUUUUUUAUAAUCCAGGUGUAACACUGUCGUACCCAUGGGCAGUGAAGUACUUCAGAGACAACCCAUGUGUGUGUUACAUAGCAAUCGAUAACAAGAAAAGAGGGAAAGACAGCGACAGUGUUGGUCCUUCUGCUGUAAUCCACACCUCUGUACGCUUCGGGAUGAAUCACCUGGAGGAGGACAAGGAGGCCGUGAAGGAUAUUAUAAUGAAACAUGUGAAGGAGCUACUCCCUGAUCUUCCAGAGCCUGCUGAGGUCAAAGGUCACAAGUGGAGAUAUUCUCAGGUACAUAAGAGUUACGCUGAUGAGCCGGGCUGUAUCGUCUUGUCCCAGAAUCCCCCUAUCAUACUGGCUGGUGACGCGUUCUCUCACUCAAAUCUUGAUGGAUGUCUUGACUCUGCACAGUCGGUACGAGAUGCAUUUGUGAAGUGUACAGAUCUCCCUUCAAAUCGUUUAUGAAUUGCGAGAACUUAGAACAAGUUGUUUGUGAACUUUUAGAUCUCAGGAUGAACCGUUGGCAAAUUGUUUGUGAAAUUUAAGAUCUCCCUGACCUGCCAAUCAUUUGGAGAUGAACCUGCCAAUUAAGAUCUCUCAAACAAGCAUUUGUCAUUCAGGAUCUAGUGAACUGUCAUUCAAAAAGGAACUACCAAUUCUAUCUCGGAGAACUUAGAAAGUCUCCCUAACAACCAUUUGUGAUCUUGUCUCCAUUUUUGGCCAGUAGAGAUCUUUCAAGAUGUUUUUGGCUGUGAUCUUUAUCAGUGUACUAGUCUGUGCUUAAAAUGGGAAAUCAAAGAAUGAAGUUAAAGCUUGUGAAAUGUAUGACUGUGAUGUAUGAUAGAAGUCAUUUGAAUAAUUCAUACUGCUACAGUAAUUGAUGUGAACUUUUCCAUUUGUGGAUUUUUGUUUCACAUUCUAGAUUGUUGGUGAUUAAUACCAUUUGAUAUUGAAUGUAUGAUAAAUUAAUACCAUUUGAUAUUUAAUGUAUGAUAAAUUAAUACCAUUUGAUAUUUAAUGUAUGAUAAAUUAAUACCAUUUGAUAUUUA